AUGGUCGAAACCAGUAAUAAUUUCAGACGUAGUUUUAAUGACAAAGAGAAACCAGUCGAAGUUCGUCAGAGUAAUAUUGUCGCUGCAAAAGGAAUGGAUAAGAUGAUUCAAACUGCUAACGGAGAAGUUGUGAUUACUAAUGAUGGAGCUACUAUUUUAAAACAUAUGUCCGUUUUACAUCCUGCUGCUAAAAUGCUAGUGGAUUUAUCCGCUGCUCAAGAUGUAGAAGCAGGAGAUGGAACAACUUCCGUUGUAGUUAUUGCUGGUGCACUUUUGAGUGCUGCUGAAAAGAUGCUCAGCAAAGGAAUACAUCCAACGACAAUUGCUGAAGCGUUUCAACGAGCGGCUUCCAAAUCUACAGAAUUUCUUACAGAAAUUCUUUUGGCACCCAUUGCUGUAGAUGCUGUAUUACACGUAAUUGAUCCAUCAACUGCAACUAAUGUAGAUCUUAAAGAUGUUCGUAUAGUCAAAAAAGUUGGAGGAACUAUUGAUGAUACUGAACUUGUGGAUGGUUUGGUUUUGACACAAAAUGUGGUUAAAACUUCUGGUGGUCCUUCUCGUAUCGAGAAAGCGAAAAUUGGUUUAAUUCAAUUUCAAUUAUCUCCACCAAAGCCGGAUAAAAUAAAGAAAACGGGAUGCAAUGUUCUUUUAAUUCAAAAAUCAAUUCUGAGAGACGCUGUUAAUGAUUUAUCUCUUCAUUUCUUAUCCAAAUUGAAAAUUUUGGUGAUCAAAGAUAUUGAAAGGGAUGAAAUAGAAUUCAUUUGCAAGAGUACUGGUUGCAAGCCAACUGCCGAUAUUGAUUCAUUUACUGAAGAUAAACUUGGUUAUGCUGAAUUAAUUGAUGAAGUGCAAACAGCCGGAGUACGUAUUGUUAAGAUAACCGGCGUCAAACAUAAUGGAAAAACUGUAUCUAUUUUGAUCCGUGGUGCUAAUUCUCUUAUAUUGGAAGAAGCUGAACGAUCUUUACAUGACGCACUUUGUGUAGUUCUUUCACAACGUUUAUCUGAACAUGCAAAAUCUUUAAAAGGAAUGGAAGCAUAUUGUUUUGAAGCCUUUGCAAAUGCACUCGAAGUUAUUCCGGUAACACUUGCCGAAAAUGCAGGUUUGAAUCCUAUCAAUAUCGUCACAGACCUAAGAAACCGACAUGCACGAGGUGAAAAAACGGCAGGAAUUAACGUUCGAAAGGGUACAAUUACAAAUAUCCUUGAGGAGAAUGUUAUACAACCCCUCUUAGUGUCAUCGAGUGCCAUAGAGUUGGCAGCCGAAACUGUGAAAAUGUUAUUAAAGAUAGAUGAUUUGGUGUCAAUUCGAUAA